AAAGUUGCGCGUGCGCGGUGAUGCUGAGCCUGGCCGUGUGGGGUGGGCUGGCGGUGCUGGCUCUCGGGGCGCUCACGCUUCUCGCUCUCGGUUGCCCGGGCUUGGGCUUUCGCCGGUGGCUGGCCGCUAGAAGCCGGCUGAUGGCUCGCACCGAGAAGCCGCUCUUCAGGAUCGCAUACUCGUUGUAUACAAAGACCAGACUAGGGUACAUUUUUCACAAGAAGCAGCUGAAAAGGACUCGAGAGCAUUAUCCCACCGGCCACUCCAUUGUGUGUCCUAUGAACAUUAAUGGUGUGAAAAUUCUUCCAGUCCCAAUACUGUCUGACAAUUACAGUUACCUGAUUGUGGAUGUGGCCUCAAACCUUGCAGUAGCCAUUGAUCCUGCAGAUCCAGAAAUUAUCCAGGCGUGUCUGGAGGAAGAGGGUGCAACUUUGGAAGCAAUUCUCACAACACACAAGCAUUGGGACCAUAGUGGUGGAAAUAAAGUACUGAAGAAAAUCCAUAAAACUUGCAGAGUUUAUGGUUCCUCCAGAGAUAACAUCCCUGCUCUCACAGACCCCAUUCUGGACAAGGAGACGAUUGAGGUGGGCAAUCUGCGGUUUCAGGCUCUCUUCACUCCAGGCCACACGGUGGGUCACAUGAUCUACGUCCUGGAUGGGGAACCUCACAACAGUCCUGCUUGCCUCUUCUCCGGAGACCUGGUGUUCCUCUCCGGCUGUGGUCGGAUUUUUGAAGGAAGUUCCUCGCUGAUGCUGUCGUCGCUGGAUGUGGUGGGCACCCUAGGGGAUGAGACGUUGCUGUGGCCAGGUCACGAGUAUGCACAGGAUAACUUGAUGUUUGCAGCUUCUGUUGAGCCGAACAAUCCUGCUAUCUUCACGAAGCUUGAAUGGGUUUUGCAGCAGAGGCACUUGAACCACUGCACUUGCCCAUCAACGAUCGGAGAAGAGAAAGAGUACAACCCUUUUUUGCGGACUCAUUCCAGCAACUUGCACGAUGCUCUCGGGAUCGAGCAGGAACCCAGUGAAGACUUGAUGCUUUUCAGAUCUCGGGUCCUGGAAGAGGUCCGAAAGCGUAAAGAUAUUUUCAAUUGUAGAUAGCCAUUCCAAAAUCCAAAUUCUGCAGCAGCAGGCCCUUUCCCCACCUACCUUCCAUCUUGCCCUGUGCCCGUCUGCCCUCGUUUUCUCCAUGUUCUUGCCCUUCCUCCUUCUCUGUACAGGAAAUGUUUUACAACAUGCAACCAGUCAUCAACGGGAAACUUGAGGGAAGAACAUUCCAGAAAUUUGCAUGAAACUUGGAAGCACGCUAUCUGCACAGUUUUGCCCUUGGCAUUUGUUUGAAUUGGGAACUUUUGUAACUGUAUCACUUCCCUUAGUGUAAAUAUUCUAUCAAAUCUGUUGUACUGUAAGUACUGAUGUUUUUAAAUUGCACCUGUAUAGAUUUAUUUCUAUCACAGUUGCUGCUUGGAAUUUUUUUUCCUCAAAAACUGGUGGUGCUUGUAUAUAAGAUGUUCUCCUUUAUUUAUAGAUCACCAAAAACAAACAUAUCUGCUUGAAGUCAGGAGGAUUCCCCAAAAUAUAUUGUACAGGAAGCUUUUACCACUAAAAGAUCAAAUACAGGUGUGCCAAUGUUCAUUUGAGUUGUCUCUUUCUUUAAACAUAAAGAAGGACAAAUAUUAACACCAACAAAGGCAGCAAAGCACAAAAUGCUGGAGAAACUCGGCAGCUCAUCUACGGAGGGGAAUGGACGGUCCUGAAGAAGGGUCUUGACCCAAAACCUCGACUGUCUAUUUCCCUUGAUGGAUGCUGCCUGACCCGCUGAAUUCCAUCAGCAGUUGCUCCAGAUACCCAGCAUCUGCAAUCCUUCUUGUGUCUCCAGCAACAGGCAGAGUGCUGGCUGUGAAUGGCCAGCUGUAACAUUUUUUUUUGGAUUCUUGUGUGGCUCUUUUGCACUAUUGAUUUUGAGGGUGGCAGCUUUAUUUUGUAUCUAAUCUGUGCUGUCAGUGCCCUGGGAGUGUGUGAUGGGCCAGUGCAGAAGGAGCUGUUUUUACUCCUAUCUGAAUCCAUGCUGAUCCAUUCCCUGGGAAUAGUUGAUGGGACAAUGUAGAGAGAGUUAUGUAUCUAACUUGUACUUCACCUUCUCACUGAGUGUGACGUAUUAAAACUUGGAUUUUAAUCUGGUACUACAAGUGUUUGAAGGCCGUGCUCUCGGUAUCACCUUGUUCUCUUUUUUUGGGGACUUUUUCUCGCAGGAAGAAACGGUUCUCGGAACUUCUGGUUUUAAAGUAUUAAUCUGAUCUAUGUCGUGUGAUCGUGAAACUAUGACCGCAGUAUCAUGUGAACACUGUUUGGGCAGACAGAUUCAAGCAACUGCGGACACAAGAGACAGCAGAUGCUGGAAUCUGUAGCAAAAAAAAACAAGCUGCUGGAGGAACUCAGCAGGUCAGGCAGCGUCCGUGGAGUAAAAUUGAUGGUCCACGUUUCGGGUUGAGACCCUUCAACUGCACCCUCUCAAAGGGGAUUUAAAAUAAAAGUUGUAAAAGGUUUUAUGUAAAUGCAGACUCUUGCUAUCAAGCUCAGAGAUAUCCAAUUAAAUAAUUUAGUGCAACCGAAACAGAAUGUUGGAAGCAUUUUAUCAGAACUGGUUUAAGCUGAAAUGUGAACUCUGUUUCUAUCUCCACAGACGCUGCCUGACCAGCAGUUGCCAUUUUUGUUUCACAUUUCCAGCAUCAGUGGUUUUCUUAUUGUUAAGUUUAGUUAAUGAAAUAAUUUUGGAAACUUUGGCUGCUAAUUUAAGCAUAGCAUUGUGAUAAAUGGCUGGAUAAUCUUUUUAAGUGAUGUCAAUCUAGGGAUAGGACAUUGGGAAGAACACUCGCUCUUUAAGCCCUGUGAGAUCGUUUUGAGUCCAUUGAAGAGUAGUUACACGGAGGGUGAAUUAGAUCAUGUCCCUGAAAGACGUCUCUAUAAUUUUUUUUAACAACAAAUUGCAGUUUUAUGGUAUAUUUUUGGUGCUAAUGCACAACCUAGUCCUUUGAUUAAAUGAAUGAAAAGGACAUCUUGCAUCUCCAGGGUGCUUUUAAUGAGCACGGGAUGUUCCAAAGUAUUUUACUAAUGAAAUACAUUUGAAUGGCCAUUUGUGUUUGUUGCAGUGAUCCAUUACCUAACACAUUCAUUGUAUGAUUAAAACUGCAUGACUAGUUUCGCAGACAGCAAAAGCAACUCUGUGCUGAAAUAGCAAAAUAAUCUCCUGUAACAGAAAUUAAAUUGUGUUUAAACUGUGUGAAACCUCGGUGGUGUGAAUAGAUGUGGACUCCAUGUAUUUAAUUAAAAGAAAUGGUGACUGCA